AUGUUCAUACGCGUAUGCAACCGUCUUAUUUACACUCCGACUAAUGUCCUUCUAAUUACUGUGGAAGACGGCCGUAUAAGCGUCCUUCUGUGGUUUAGAUAUGCUAUACCGGCGGAACUUUGUUACACACGGCUCGCGCGAAUCCUUAGGGGAAAACAUUGCGCUGACUUUCCCCAGAGUUGUUGCCACAACAUAAGCCGCUUUGGAGUGUUGAACAAAUCCGUCCUUGGGUCAUUCAAUCAAUGGCUUGGCGGUAUCUCAAAAGAGCGCAAACUAAUAGCGCGCACAUUCGACGCAUUUAUCCGGUGGUCAUCGACUAGGGGCGAAGAGGUCACGACCUAUUUUUUCUUGCAGAAAAAAAGUGUGACCUUUUCCGUAGCUAGACGUCUAUCAGGGCGUCAGCAAUGGGAGGCACAGCGGAAAAACAAUAACAAUGGUAAGCGCAAUUACCUUUUGAGCGUUACAUUCGUAUGA